GCUCCUCUUGCCCUGGAAGUCCUAAACUUCUAACUGUCAGAAGCUGGGAGUGAAGACAGGAGAUAGAUCACUUGAUAAUUGUCCUGUUCUGUCCAUUUCGUCCUGGCAUUGGCCACUGUCAGAAGACAGGAUACUGGGCUGAAUGAACCAUUGGUCUGACCCAGUAUGGCUGUCUUUAUGCUCUUCCACUUUAUUUUCUGCUGCUCAGGGCUGGUAGCCAGGGACCAGAGUAACCCAAGGGCAAAUUCAGCACAAGGGACUUCCCUUUCCCAUUCUGGGUCCAAUACUUCAAUGGGAGCAGGAGCCAGCCCUUACUCUCCUGAGUGCUCAAACUCAUUUCCGGAGAUAUUCACCUGAAAAUAACCCCCUGCUCAAGUGUUGAGGCUGAAAUAGGAACCCUGGCUUGAUAAUAGCCAGGUUAAUCCAUGUUUGAAACAGGGCUUUUGCUGCCGUUUUCCCAACAAAAUCUGAUCUGACUGUAAGUAAACAAAGGUCUGAACCUCUCUCACUAUGAAAGAGCUGCAUUCCCAGGGUGUGUCCAGGCACCUCUAUAAAAGGAAGCACCAAGAUGAGAUGCUCACGUAUUUGUUCACCUCGCCCUGUGCUGUCCCUUGAGUUAAGUAUGGCCAUGGUGAAGGUUUUGCUGCAGUACCUGAGCACCAGCUCGCUGCUCUGUUUGACAGGCGGAUUGGUGGCUUUCAUUUAUUUUUUGACCCGCUCCAAAAAGUCAAUUUGCAGUUUGCCUCCUGGGCCACCUCCCCUUCCUCUCAUCGGGAACUUGAAUGUGGUGGAUCUGAAAAAGCCGUUCCAGUCGCUGAUGGAGCUCUCUGAGAAGUAUGGCAACAUAUUCACUGUACAUUUUGGACCCAGAAAGGCAGUGGUGCUGGCUGGUUAUGAGACCAUUAAGGAUGCCCUUUUAAAUCAUGCUGAAGAAUUUGGAGAGAGGGCAGAAAUACCCAUAUUUAGGAAGACCACACACGGAAAUGGCAUAGUGUUCAGUCACGGAGAGUUAUGGAAAACAAUGCGAAGAUUCACCUUAUCUACCCUACGGGAUUUUGGAGUUGGAAAGAAAACCAUUGAAGUGCGAAUUCUUGAAGAGCUAAAUUUCCUCAUUAACUAUUUUGAAUCUCACCAGGAGAAACCCUUUGAUACAACGGUGAUACUGAACAGUGCUGUAUCCAAUGUCAUAUGCUCUAUAUUGUUCGGGGAGAGGUUUGAAUACGAAGAUCCCAUAUUUCUAGCUUUGCUGAAAUUGUUAAAUGAAAAUACCAAGUUGCUGGGCUCUCCUAUGGUGCAGUUAUAUAAUUUCUACCCAUCUCUUGGAUUUCUGUUUGGAGCCCCAAAGACCGUGCUACGAAAUGUAGAUGAGCUGAAUGCUUUUCUGGAGAAGUUCUUUAAGGAACACAGGCAGGAGUUUAAUGAAAACAACUUAACAGGUUUUGUUGAUGCGUUUCUGAUGAAGCAACAGCAGGAGUCUAGAAAUUCUCACACACACUUUCACAAUGAGAAUCUUCUGUUCUCAACGCUGGACCUCUUUGCUGCUGGCACUGAGACUACAUCUACCACUGUCCGUUGGGGUCUUCUUCUGAUGAUGAAAUACCCAGAGAUUCAGGGAAGGAUUCAGGAAGAAAUGGAUCAGGUAAUUGAGCCAGGACAAAUGCCCAUGCUGGAGGACAGGAAAAAACUGCCUUACACUGAUGCAGUGAUACAUGAAAUACAAAGGUUUUCCAAUAUCGUCCCAAUGAGUGUUUCACGUUCAACUUCCACCGAUGUAAAUUUCAGGGGUUAUAUGAUCCCAAAGGGAAUAGAAGUGAUUCCUCUGCUGACCUCAGUUUUGAAGGACAAAUCGCACUGGGAGACACCAGAUCAGUUCAACCCUUCCCACUUCCUUGACGCUGACGGGAGCUUUACUAGGAAGGAGGCAUUUAUACCAUUCUCCAUAGGACGAAGGGCUUGCGUUGGAGAAGGACUCGCCAAAAUGGAACUUUUUCUCUUCUUUGCGGGUUUGCUCCGGAAGUUUAUUUUCCAGCCCCCUCCAGGGGUGGUGAAGGCCGAUCUAGAUCUCACUGCUGACGUUGGCUUUACCUUAAACCCAAUGCCCCAUCUGAUUUGUGCUGUGCCCCGUGAAUAACUGAAAUGUAACUGAAUGCAAUAAAUAUUGUCCAUGGCUGA